GACUCUGUAGACAGCGGAUGGGUGAGGCCACCUGCGCGACGACGUCACACUCUCACCGAAAUACCUAGCAGGCAGUCAUAUUUUCGCAACGGGAUGUUGAGUCAGUUGUAGUUUCGACGAGCAAGAUAAGACAUCGGGAGGAACUAGGGACCAUAUUGGAUAAUUCUGUUAUUAUUAUUUGGAACUUACCGAGGAUAUUAUUGGUUCCGAUGGGGAUGUGUAGGUGUGUGCGACUCGGAUUGGCUGUCAUUCUGGCACUCCAGGCUCUGUCGUACACAGUCUCGGAACAACCACCAUGUGCACCUGGCUUUGAUUCAGAGCUCUACAUAUUUGAAGUGAACAGAGUUCACCUACAUGUUGGCAGGAGGCUUGGGAAAGUUGUCUUCGAUGACUGCACCGGUCGCACCAGGAUUCUCUUUGAUUCAUCAGACAAGAGAUUUAAAGUGGACACAGACGGGACGGUGAAGCUGAAGAGACAGGUGACGCUACACGAUGGACACAAGAGGUUUGCAGUCCAUGCCUGGGACUCCCAGGGCAAGAAGCACACGGUGGAUGUGCGUCUGGAGCUUAUCCAACCUCGCCACCACCACAAUGAGCAACAACAGGACCAACAAGUGGAUCUACCCAAGCCAGAUGCAACUGAGGUCGCCCCAACUGUGCCAGUCCUGCUGUUUCCAAAGCCAUCUGUUGGUCUAAAGAGAAGAAAAAGGGACUGGAUCAUCCCGGAUAUCAAAUUAUCUGAGAACAAUAGAGGUCCUUUCCCAGAGCAGUUGUUCCAGAUUAAAAGCAGCCAUGCAAAGGAAGUGGGGAUCACCUAUUCGAUUACAGGCCCAGGAGCGGAUCAGGACCCAAAGAACCUGUUCACAAUUGACAAGCUUGGCUUUCUGUACAUCACCGCACCGCUGGACAGAGAAGCACAAGCAGAAUAUCCGCUCUUUGCUCAUGCAAAAAUGGCAAAUGGUAAAAAUGUUGAAGACCCCACGGAAAUCAACAUCGUCGUCAUAGACCAAAAUGAUAACAAGCCAGUAUUUAAACAAAAUCCAUUCCUGGGGAGUGUUGCAGAAGCGGCAAAAAUAGGAACUGAGUUCAUGGACAUUGUUGCUACCGAUGCCGAUGAGCCUGGGAAUGAUAACUCGGACAUCAGAUAUAGUAUUACAAGUCAGGACCCAAAGGUGCCAAAUGCGGAGAUGUUCACAAUCAACCCUGUCACGGGAAAACUCAUGGUGAACUCUGCUGCCCUGGACAAGGAGAAAAUCCCCAAGUACACUUUGGACAUCCAAGCAGCUGAUAUGAGGGGAAAUGGACUAACUGCCUUUUGCAAAGCAAUCAUUACCGUGACCGACAGCAACGACCACGCUCCACAGUUUGAGCAGUCCCAGUACACAGCGUCUGUCCCUGAGAAUAAAGUGGGGGUGACUGUGGUGAAGAUGUUAGUGACUGACGGAGAUGAUCCAAACACUGAUGCCUGGGCCGCCAAGUUCAAGAUCAUCAGUGGAGACACUGACGGGGUGUUCAGCAUUGAGACUGACAUCAGCAAACAGGCGGGCAUCAUCAAGACAGUCAAGCCUCUGGAUUUCGAAGUCAUUUCCAAGUACACGCUUGUGGUAGCAGUGGAGAAUGAGAUCCCUUUUGCAGUACCUCUGCCAACAGCCACCGCUCAGGUGGUGGUGAAUGUGGAAGAUGUCAACGAGGCUCCCGUCUUUGAUCCUGAAGUAAAGAAAAUCACAUCUCGUGAAGAUGACGCAGUGGGCACCAAAUUGGUGCUGUACACAGCCACUGAUCCAGAUAUAGCCAAGAAGCAGACGCUUACGUACCGGGUUGGUGACGAUCAAGCCGGCUGGCUCAAUGUCGACAGUGCAUCAGGAUUGAUCACAGUCAAGAAACCCAUGGACCGUGAAUCUGUUUUUGUCAAAGACGGGCAGUACAAAGCUGUCAUUUUGGCUACAGAUAAUGAUGUCAUCCCCGCCACUGGCACUGGAACUCUGAUGAUUACAUUAGAGGAUGUGAACGACAACGCUCCCGAUAUUGUGGAGAAGAAUGCACGCUUCUGCAAUGAGGACACCAUUCCUGUGCAGCUUGCAGUAACAGAUAAAGACAGCGAAGCGAAUGCCGCACCCUUCAGUGUGAGGCUGGUGGGGGAGUCAGGCAGUGACUGGACAGCAAGGAUGAACAGCACAGCAAACAGCAUCAUUCUCACACUGAGAAGGAAGUUGGAAGAGGGGACGUACAGUGUCAACCUUAGUGUAAGUGACAGACAUGGCUUUAAUAAGAUACGGACCGUUCAAGCGGAUGUGUGUGACUGUAAAGGAGAUGGGCAAUGCCAGGGUAAAAUCGCUGGAGCUGGAUCACCUCUCCCCUUCAUCCUGGGAGCCGUGGGAGCUCUCAUCUUAUUGCUACUGCUGAUCCUGCUGCUCCUUCUGUUCAUGAGGAAGAAGAGGAGCGUGAAGAAGGAGCCUCUUCUGCCAGAGGACGACGUCAGGGGGAAUCUCUACUUCUACGACGAGGAGGGUGGUGGAGAGGAUGACCAGGACUAUGACUUGGGUGUGCUGCACAGGGGCCUGGACAACAGACCUGAUGUGUUCAGGAACGACGUCAUCCCCACCUUCAUGACCGCUCCACAGUACCAGUACCGGCCCCGGCCUGCAAACCCUGACGACAUCGGGAACUAUAUCGAUGAUAAUUUGAAGGCAGCCGACAACGACCCCACAGCCCCGCCGUACGACUGUCUGCUGGUGUUUGACACGGAGGGCGCGGGCUCUGAAGCGGGCACCCUCAGCUCCAUCGAGUCCUCCAACUCUGGAGAGGACCAGGACUACGACUGCCUGAACGCCUGGGGCCCGCGCUUCAAGAAGCUGGCUGACAUGUACGGAGGAGGAGAGGAUGAUGAUGACAUGCUGUGAACCAGCGAACAUUUCAGGGUUUUGUCGCCUCUUAGUGCAUGUGAGCCCAUCUGAUGGGCCUAUUUACAUGUACGCUUUGCUGGAAAAAUAAACCCUCAACUACUUCGUAACAACAUUGCUAUGACAUUACCAAAGGGCCUUUAGAAACAGAUUAAGAGUUAGGUCAAGAGUUGGUCAUUUAUUUCGGUGACAACCAUGUAAUAACCAUGCAAUAAGGACUCUACUCUACACAAAGUUAUACAUGUAUUGUCACUGGAAUGGGAAUGACCACAUUGGAAUGUAUUAGUAAAUGCUGUUUGUAAUAUCAUACUGGUGUAGUGCUGUAGUAAUAGAACUCUUUUCAACAACAGCGUUACACUGGUGGAAGAGUAUGAGGCUACACCAAAGCAAACCUUGUGCACUAGUAUUUUUUGUUUGUUCUGUUCAAUAGAAAUUUGGCUUGACCUUGUCAGGUUCAUGGCAGCCCAUUUGUAAUGACUAUGGCACAGGCAGGCUAGUUUCCGCACUACUGAUAUGGGACCUGACGCAGCGCAUUACCGUAAAUGGAAGUCUCCUUGGCUGGGGGAACACAGCCCUAAUAGCAAACAAGUUUUUUUGUGUUUUUGAAUUUCCCUUGUUAAUCAUUAAUAAUCUACUAGAAACUACAGGCGUUCCUCACUGGGCACACUAAACUUGCCAAUGGCUAUUAUGGGCUUUGAGAGUGUCAAUGAUCGCAGCCUUUGUUUGAAAUGUAUAACUUCGGCGCAGCAUAUUUUCAGCACAGGAGUGACAGGGAAGACAGUGUGAAAUUUGGGAAUACUUCGGAAUAUGUUCAGAAUAAAGUUUAUAUUAAGGUAUAUAAAGCUAUAUCUGAAAUGCUGCAGGCUACUUGCUGGCUACUCAACUUGAAUAUCUGUUUCCAAAAACAGUAGCAUGAACACUGGAUAUUCCCUAAGGCUGUGCCCUCUCCUUUUAUAAAAACAGUCUUUCCCCAGUCAUUAUCAAGGUUCAAAGUUCGAUAUGUGUUACUCAUAAUUGUGUAUUGUGUGAUUUGAUGUGGGUGUGAAUCUUUAUUUGUUGUUAGGGAAUGGGUCUGUGGUGAGUGAGUGUGACGAGUGGUAAGGAAACCUUGCUGACUGACUUUGUUCCGCACAAUUCCUUCUCUUGCACUAGCGCAACCUUGCUAGCCUUGACAUGUUUUCAUCUUGCAUAAAAGUGUGAAACAGUACAUUUGGUGCAUCUUUAUCGCAACAUAAAGCAGUUGUCUAUGUGCCAUCUAAGCAUUGGCUUGCUAAUCUUCAUUUUCAAUGUCAGUUUUCAUUUUUCAAUGUCUAGGUCAAUCUUUAAGUUUCUGUUUAAGCUUGCCCAACAAGUUGUUGUUGUCACUCAUACGAUUUAAGAAUUAUUAUUUUAAGGUUGUGAAAAACAAUCUGCCUACUUUUUGAUUUGUGACAUUUCAGUCAUCCUUAUGUUGACUGAUUAGGCCUACACAAUUAGCUUGAAACAUGAUAUUGAGUGAAAUGGCUGCUUCAACAUUGUGUAGUAACUAUUUGCACAUAACUAGGCUAAAUAUUUUGUAUGGUAUAUCUCCAUGUUUUUUUUAUAAACGUAUCAUUCCAGUCUACUAAAGAUUACUUUUGUGUUGGUCAUUUUUUCACAUACUAGAGUUCAACAAUCAGUUUUGGUGCCUUAAAAUAUAAUUCUUGUAUUUUGUAUUUUGUAUUAAGGUGCCUGUAUACAUAUAUUUCAGAACAUGUGAAAAUAUGUAAUCUCAGACAAAGGCACCACUGACUUACAAGAUGAACUAUGUACAGACAUGAAUGUAAUGUAUAUUUUAAUGAGAGUUAUUGAUGAUAAAAAAUAAUUAACACAAUAAACAA